ACGGGGCGACGCCUCCCGCCCGCCCGCUCUCCCUGCGCGCCCGCUGCAGCGUGGGGCUCGGCCGGCGCCGCAGCGAUGGCUGGCGCCGAGCCGCCGAGCCGGGAGCGCGUCCUCUGCCUCUUCGACGUGGAUGGGACGCUCACGCCGGCUCGCCAGAAAAUUGAUCCCGAAGUGGACAAGUUCCUUCAGGAGCUGCGUGAGAGAGUCCAGAUCGGCGUGGUGGGAGGCUCUGACUACUCCAAGAUAGCUGAGCAGCUGGGGGAAGGGGAUGAAGUCAUCGAAAAGUUUGAUUACGUCUUUGCGGAGAAUGGCACCGUGCAGUACAAGAAUGGGCAGCUGGUCGCCAAACAGGCUAUCCAGAAUCACCUUGGGGAGGAGCUUUUGCAGGAGCUGAUCAACUUCUGUCUCAACUACAUGGCACUCCUGAAGCUGCCCAAGAAACGCGGGACCUUCAUAGAGUUCCGCAACGGAAUGCUGAACAUCUCUCCCAUUGGCCGAAGCUGCACCCUGGAGGAGCGAAUAGAAUUCUCCGAGCUGGACAAGAAAGAGAGGAUCCGUGAGAAGUUUGUGGCAGCCCUGCAGAGGGAGUUUGCUGGCAAGGGCCUACGGUUCUCUCGAGGUGGUAUGAUCAGCUUUGAUGUCUUCCCUGAGGGCUGGGACAAGCGAUACUGCCUCAACAUCCUCGACGACGAGAGGUUCGACACCAUCCACUUCUUUGGGAACGAGACGACCCCAGGAGGGAAUGAUUAUGAAAUUUACGAUGACCCCCGGACAGUAGGACACAGCGUCCAGUCUCCCCAGGACACAGUCCAAAGGUGCCGUGAGAUCUUUUUUCCGGAGAGAGCUAAUGAAUCGUGACUCUGAUACCCCUUCUCCAGCACCCCGCCUCCCGAGCUCCCACAUCAUGAAAACCACCUUCAUUCGAGGCCUCUGUGCAGGGCCCUUUUAAGAAAGCUUUCCAGAGCUGCUUGUGAGGGAAGGAUUUAAACUGAGGUGGAGGAGGCGAUAGGGAGGGGGGUUAUUAACCUUCCACUACCCCCAGUUACAGGUGGGCUGUGUGGGACCAGGCUCCUUUCUGCUGCCAAACGGACUCUCUUCCUUUUCCAGGAGAACGUUCAGUUCUUGGUGGGAUACGGUUCCCUGCUCUGUUCAUCUGAGGCAUUUGUAGGGGCCAAUCACUACAGUCUCACUCUCUAAACAUAUUUGCACAACGGAUGCACUCCUCAUCAGUUAGCACCUUUUAAAUAGGAAGCAGGGUCUGGGACCCCCAUAAGUCAGGUGGUUCUCAGACCGCUUCACACAGCAGACCAGUCCUUAAAGGUGACCUGCAAAGGGUUUUAAAAAAUGAUCGGGGCUGUAACCCCAUGCUCUGGGUGUCCCUAGUCUUUGAUUGCCAGAAGCUGGGAGUGGGCGACAGGGGAUUACCUGUUCUGUUCAUUCCCUCUGAAGCAUAGGGCACUGUUCACCGUCAGAAGACCUGAUCAUGGCUAGAUGGACCAUUGGUCUGAUCCAUUAUGGCUGGUCUUAUGAGCUUGUACCCUUUUUAUAUAUAUAAACAAAAAAUAUAGAAAA